AUGUAUAUAAACCAUGAAGGAAGUGAUCUGUACGCGGAAGAUGUAGACGAUCAGAUGGUGGUACUACCAGAAGUGCCUGUGACGACGGAAAAUGUGAAGAUCGAGGCCAUUCAGCUAUGCGGAACUGAUAACCAGACCCCACAAGAAAUUGACCGACUUCGCCAAAGGAUCAGGAAGUUCCGACACCUCCUGAACGGCGAAGGAAAUGCCCUUCCGCCGGCGGCCAGAGGUGUUGUAUGCGAUAUCGAUGUCGGAGGAGCGAGGCCUAUCGCUCUAAAGUGUCUUCAGGGAGAAGCUGGUAGACUUCAUCAAGGGUCUGGAAUAUCUGCCAAGAUGAUCAAUUACUCUAGAUCACCAUGGGCUUCCCCGAUCGUGGUGAUCAUCAAGAAGAAUGAAGUGGAUAUCAGGCUGUGCAUCGAUUACCGGUUGGUUAACAGUCUAACUCAGCUGAUGAUCUACCCAAUGCCCUUGAUCAACGACUUGAAAAUCUGGAGUCAACACUCUGGCACUGUUCUUUGGAUAUUGCGAUUGGAUUUUGGGUAG